GAAGUUAGUAUUUUUCUUAUAAAUGAUUUUAUUUUUCUAGCAUUUAUUUCUUAUACUUAAGGUGACUCGACCCAGUUACUUUGUGAGGGUACCAUCCUACUUUGAAGCUCUCUGGUAUCCCCACUUUUAGUUUGAUCGUAUGUCUAACAUAUAGGAUGGAUAACAUAUGGAUCAAUCUAUAGUAUAGCAUAAAUUUUUUGGCGACCGGAGUAAAUGUCACGUGGUUAAAGUACCACGCCUCUUUGGGGUCUGAGUCGAGGUUCUGCUGUUGCUGGCAUUUUUUCGUGAAAACCUCUCGGCUACAUAUAGUUCGCAUUAGUGCCUUGCGUUGACCAAAGUUUCACCAAAAUCGCACAGACCCAAUGCGAGAAAUUCAGCGGUUUCCAAAUUUAGGUCAUAAUUUAUGUGAAAAUGAUAAGCAAACUUUACACGAUUAUAUCUAAUAAACUAUGAGAUUUAUCCCUUCAUUUUGGGCGAGAUGGGUCCUUGCAAGUCAGCAAAAAGCUUUAGGGCCUUAUAAGUGCGCGCGAUUUCGAGCAAUGCAAACAUAUAGACAUUAUAGUUUUAGCUAUUUGCUGACGUUUGUCAGCGUUUAAGAGUGCUUCUCAUGAAAAAAGCAUUUCUUGAAUUUCCCGCACCCAAAAACUGACAACCAGAAAUGCGGUGCGGGAGAAGCAGACAAUUCUUAGCCCAUUUAUUGAACUAACCAACUAGUCACAAAACAAAAACAACUGUUUACACUGUUUAGACACCAAAAAAUCAAACAAACUGUAUACGUUUGAUCCGGCCAAAGUAAAUUGAAUAAACAAAACCAUUUAAAAUAACUGUCAAUCAUCAGGAAAACACAACUAAAAUCGUUACGAGGAAAUGGAUUACAGGAUUUCAAGCAAAAUAUAAAAAAGAACAAAAUUUAACUGUCCGCUUGUAAAAAUCCACAAGGAAACUUGUUUACUGUUCAGCGAAUAUACUUGCUACUUUACAUAUCACACUCUCUUCUCAUAAUCUCAUGCCGGCACUUAAAACACACACUAUCUCGGUGAGCAUUCGGAAGUCAGCCAAGCGCGGUCAUUGCACGCGUGCUGAACAAGAAUGCUGUAUCAUGGCAGACUAGAAACAACAGAAAACCCCCAAAGCACAAACUCAGCCAAAACGCUAAGAAUAUUCAAUGUUUACUCAAGUUUGGGCUUAUAAAAAAUAAUGUCAGAGUUUUUCAAUGACCAUGAAAUUCAGAAUCCGGGUAGAUAGUUAAUCAGUUGUGGCCCUGAAAAAAUUUGAAGGAAAAAAAAAAUACGAGUUUUUAAGAAAAUGCCUUUUUCGUGAGAAGCACUCUUAAACGCUGACAAACGUCAACAAAUAGCUAAAACCAUAAUUUCUAUAUGUUUGCAUUGCUCGAAAUCGCGCGCAUUUAUAAGGCCCUAAACCUUUUUGCUGACUUGUAAGGAUCCAUCUGUUAUAAAGAUGCCCAGAAUAAAGGGAUUAAUCUCAUAGUUUAUUAGAUAUAAUCGUGUAAAGUUUGCUUAUCAUUUUCACAUAAAUUAUGACCUAAAUUUGGAAACCGCUGAAUUUCUCGCAUUGGGUCUUUGCGAUUUUGGUGAAACUCUGGUCAACGCAAGGAAAAAUGCGAACUAUAUGCAGCCGAGAGAUUUUCACGAAAAAAUGCCGGCAACUGCAGAAUUUCGACUCAGACCCCAAAGAGGCGUGGCACUAUAACCACGUGACAUUUACUCCGAUCGCCAAAAAUUUUAUGCUAUACUUUAGAUUGAUCUAUAUGUUAUCCAUCCUAUAUGCUAGACUUACGAUCAAAGUAAAAGUGGUAUACCAGAGAGCUUCAAAGUAGGAUGGUACCCUCACAAAAUAACUGGGUCGAGUCUCCUUAAUCAAUAACAAAUAUAGACAUAAAUGACUACGUCAAUCGUACUUGUCAUAACUUUUGUGGAUGGUAUCAACAACUUCACCUGUAACUGCCUUAUGGGGUAUCAUAUGAGUCACUGCCAGAAAGGAAUGUUGCUUUGAAGCAAAAUUUGACUGCACCAUUAAAUAUAAUUUUUAACCUUAUAGAAAGAAUAAUCAAAAAUCUACUUAAAUAAAUACAUUGUUUUAUUAGAAAUGACAACUUUUUUAAAGUUAAGCCUUUUCUCCAACGGGUAUCAUGUUGUCUGCCGUUAAAUAGUUAAAUACAUUAUACAAAUGGUUUAAUUAACAAUUACUCACCUCAGGCUCAGUUAAUAUUUUUGAAUAAUCCCCGAAGCGAAGUCGCGGGGAUUAUUCAACAAUAUUAAAUGAGCCUAAUUUUAGUCUCUACACACGAAGAGAUCUCAGAAGAAUCGGAAAGGAAACCAUUAAAAAAACGAUUGGUUUGAUUGACGGGUAAAUUCAUGCGUGAACAUGUAGCCAUAAACAGUAGACGCGCAAAACUUAGAUCUUUACAGUAUUUUCAAACAUGGGAAAUCAUAGUUUUGAUCUUUUUGUAAGCCUUACCAUCAGUGGUUUAAACGAAAACGUCAUAAGUUUAAAUUACUAUUCCUUCUGAGAAGAAACGCUAAGCUUUAUUUGCUUCCGUCGGCAGUCCACUCACCGUGAAUAAGCAAUUUUUCUCUCGCUCCUUGCAAAUUAAUACUGUCAACAGCGGCCACAAUCGAGGUGAGUGUUGUUUACCUGCAGUGUUUUUUUGCCUUGUCAACUUGCUGGCACGUACAAUUUUUGAAAAUAUUUGACCUUCCUUUUUUCUCCAUAAAUUAAAUUCUAUUUAUAGGCAAAAUUGGUCUUGCGAGGAAAUCCCGAGUUCAAAAAACAGUGACAAAGCAGCCUCGUUAAUUUUGCUCUGUAGUGGUGAACAUUGCUUCGAGUGUAUGAAAAGUCAGCUACAGUAAGCUUAAAUCACUUCACAAUAAAUCACACUGUUCAAACAACAUGACGUCGUUUCUUACCUUCAGAAUCAUUAACACUAGGAUAUUCUUGUAUUUUCAAAAAGUUGUUACUCUGAAACUUUGGCAAAACACCCAGUUUACAACAGCGAUUUUGGUUUGCUUUAUAGUCACCGCCUAGCGUGGUGAAUAUAACGUCAUAGUCCGAGAUAGCGAACCAAUCAGAUUGCUUGAAUCACCAAGGGUACUGAGUGUGUAUAAUUUUAUACUAAUACACUUAACACAUGGUUAUACUCAUUUUUAAAUUGCAAGCAAUUCUCAAGGCUGAUGGGAGCACUCUGAUGAAUCUCUUUAUGAUCAGAAUUUUUACAUCACGAAUCGCUAGCACGAGAAAGGGUCCUUUCCCAUUUUUUGGACAUAUACAGUUUGUAAUGUUAACAUAAAUGCAGUUGACAAAUAUGUAGUACAUGUAGGUAUGUGAAGUAUAUCUGAAACUUAUAUUAUAUAAUUUUGACAUAUCUUUCCUAUAGUUAAACCAAAUAACUGUGCAGAAUCAGUAAUAAUCAAUGCAGCAUAUUGCAAAUAGUAGUUGGUUAGAUAAAAAUGCAUUCAGGCAGCAAAAUAAUAUAUACUACAUGCAUAUAACCUAACAAAAAUCAUUUAUUAAUGCGUAUAGAACUGUGUCCUAAUAUUUUUUAUUUUAAUGACUAACUUAAUACAUGCAGUGAAACAUUUUUCUUUUUAGAUUUAGUUUAUAGCAUUGACACUGAAACAGAAAGGGCUAAACGCUAUAAGAAUUAUUAAGCCACAUACUCUGUAAAACCAUACAAUUACGAACUUCGACUGGUAGAUCAAUUCCUGUGUAAAAACUAAACACUCGCCCUGUAAAUAAGAUAGGAUUUGUGAAGGUUUUUAUGAAAUCAUUCAUCAAAAUUGAUUAUUGCAAUACUAAAAUCAUUUACUUUCCAAAAUAUAGCAUGCAGUAAACAAAAAAGCAAGCCGCUCUAAAGGCUCACUGAGUACAUCAAGGGUCACUGUUUUCUAUUAAAUUUGAGGACACCUGGAAAACAAAAGUCAGGAAUAAUUUUAGAUUAAACAAACAAAGCAAAACUGACUCUUGAUAUACUAUAUCAUACACAUCCUUCAUGUCGCCGCAACAAUCUCAGGUUUUAACCACUUGCGGUAUGCCUUCAUUUUAUUUGCUAAUACACUGUAUCAUGAAAUUUUAACCAUGACUCUGAGGUCUGAGGUCAUUCAAUGCACUGUCAAUCGAAAAAAAGCCUUUAAAGCUUGAUAGACAUAUACAUGUAUAAUGCACAAGCUUUUUUUUUAUACAUUUACACUGUAUAAUAAAUAUGUGUCGUGGCUUUAUUUUUGCCUUCUGUUUAUCACCAAAUCUCUCACUGAUAGUGAUGCCUUCAGGCACUUUUAUUUGUCCAAAAAGAAAAGGAUUGAUAGGCACUUGAAAGUGAUCCAGUUAAAACAGUGCGGGGUUGAUUCAGAUUUCUUUCUUCCUCAAUAUACUGUUAUGUUAUGAGACUUUUAUUCAGAGAGGAAGAUAUUUUUAUUGCAUCGAGCACAAAAUGUGUACAUAAACUUCCAUGAUGCUAAUUUUCUUUACAUGUACUGUUAUACUUUCCUAACCUCAUCUAAAGUGACUGAAGUCAAAAAAUAGAGAGAUUCUUUGGGGGUUGAGGAUGCUGAUUUGAAAGAUUAUUUACCAGUGUCACCUUGGUUUAAGAGAUACGUUUUGGUAAAGUGUACCAACUGUUGAAAUCUACUGUUGUAUUCAUUUUGGCAUUCAUCUUCCUGGAUGUGAUGGUUUAUUUCUUUCAGUAACCAAAUUCAAUAAAUAAUUCUUUAAUUCUUUCCAUAGGAGGUAUUUCUGUGUGGUCUUUGUAAUAUUAACUCUAAAGCCUGGGCAAAACUAACUAUGAGAGAACGACUGGACUACUGGCAAUGCCGAUAAAGGACUGUUUAACUGAGAUAAUAGUCAGAUCAAAAAUGCAUCAAUGACAUUACGAGUCUUCAUAGCCAAUAACAUAACUGCUUAGCUGAAAAAUGACCAUUAACAUUGCCACUUAAAUGACCAGUCAGGUCAAUAACCAGAGUUUACACCACCAACUGAUGUGAUAUAACUCAUUUUACUAUGAAGAUGACUACCGCACUGGUUGUCGAAAUGUCAGUCACUGUCAACAACAAAAAUCCUAUUUAGGACUACAUUAACCCGCACAAUCAUACUCAACCUACAAUAUAAUAUUAAAGAAAUCUGCAUGUCCACAUAUCCACUUCGAUAUAUUUUAUAGUAUUGUCUAUUUGUGUUUCCUGAAUCGAAGCCAUUGAAGAUAGAAUUAAAGCUAGCACUUCAAAAAGGGUCAAAACCCUCACCCAUCAGCAACUAUUAGAAAAUUUUCCCUUGCGUCAAAGCAUUUGUUCAAUGUCAUUAUCCUACUUAACACGGAUCAUUACCUACCCCUCCCCUAAGCCAAUAUUCUGCCCUAAUUGAGAAAAGCGUGUUGGCUUAGGGGAGGGGUGGGUGAUCCCUAAACACAACUGACAUUCCCAGUUUCGGUUGUAAGUCUCAAGAAGAUGUCUUACAAAGGUUUGUUCAUUCUACUAAAAUGUUCAUUCCAGAAAGUCCACAUUGAACAGGUUUUUUCAAACGCUCAUAAAUGCUCCACUGACAAAGAAGUGAAUAAUGUAGGAGCAAUGAUCCGUGAACCCGGUGCACAUGCUCGAACAUGCUAAAUGAAAGAACAACUGAGACCCUUUCCAUUGCAAUGCUGACCAGCGUUUUGACACGAAAGUCAAAUGCCAGACCAAGCAGGCCUCAUUUUGGUUCAAAUUCCCAACUUUAAGGAGCAAAAAUGGCAUUGACUGGUACAUAUUUGGGGAUUAUGUCUCAUUCCUCGCGUUUGGGCACAUCUGAUGUGGUCUCUGACUGAAUAGUUCUUUCAGGCGUAUUUUUCAUAGAGAUAGUAACAAAUCUGAUUUCAUUUGUAAAUAAUAAAGUGAAAAUCGACAUGUUAAGCAAACAACAACAAAUUGCGAGGUUUAAAUAUCGAUCUCAUUUCACAGCUAAUGUACAUGCUUGCAUGCAGUCACAUGCCGUAAGCAUAAAAAGAACGAAAAAUUAUUUUGAUCCUUUCGCUUAACAAGAAAAAGUGUUUACUCUUCAACUAAUAGCCACUCAAGAGUGAAAAACAAAAGAACUGACCUUAAGCUUUCCAUUUUCUUAACGUCAAUGCAAUGCAUCCUAACCAGAAGUUUUAUACUGUACGUAGCAAUCCAACACCAGGCAAGUGAUCGAUCAUCCUUUCUAAUACAGGUGUACACUGCAGCUAAAAGAACUGUUGUGUAAACCAGUGCGUUCGAAGUUGGCAAAUUCUAUUCCCAAGAAACUCUUUCUGACACUGAAAAAACAUCAAAGUCCGGCCUGACGAUUUAACUGAAACACCCGCUCUGUACUAUGCGACCGCUCCUUGUAAUUUUGGAAUUGAACACUUCUGCUGACCACAUUUAAGCGUGGGCGUUUAAGAGAGGCUGCCGCGUAAGAACCGAUAAGGCAAAUUUCGGUCUAUCACGGAUUGCCUCGAUUUUCAAGUGGAAGAUAACUAUCCUUUCCCAUGAAGAAAUAUCACAUUUAUUUGGACCAAUUGAAUUUUUCCUUGACAUUAAGACGUGAUAUAUAUCACAGGCAGACCAAACUCACGUUACGAGGAAAGAGUGUAAAGUAAUUUACUUACCAUAGGUGACGAGUGACCUUUCUGCUGGACGCGUCGGAGUCGCGUUACAGGCGACCGUUGAAAAUAAGAGACUUUGUAUGAGAAAUAAAAUACUGAGAUCUUCGAACGCUAAAUGACUUCGUCUAAUGAAGGGAGUAACAGUGGUUAUGCAAACAAAGUCAAAAAACUGUUAAACGACAAGCAGACAUCGAAAUACGGUGGAAUAAAUCGCAGGUAAGUCUUUUUAAUUUAUUUCAUUGACGGAAAAAUUAGAUUUAACGUUAUUUAGCGUUGGCGGAUCUUAGUAUUUCAUUUCUCAUAAAAAGUCUCUUAUUUUCAACGGUCGCCUGUAACGCGACACCGACGCGUCCAGCAGAAAGUUAAGGUCACGAGUUACCUAUGGUAAAUAAAUUACUUUACACCCUUUCCUCGUAACGUGAGUUUGGGCUGCCUGUGGUGAUAUAUGUAAAUCUCGCCCCCUGUAACGGAAUCCGGAUUCCGGAAUCCGUGAAAGUUUUGCUUGUGGAAUCCGAAAUCCGGGAAAUUUUUUUACUUCUGGAGUCGGGAAUCCUGGAUUUUGGAAUCCGCAGUACAGCUGAAGGAAUCUGGAAUCCUACUAAAGAUUGGAAUCCAGAAUCUAGGUUCCACUGACAAAAACUGGAAUCAAGUAUCUGGAAUCCAGAAUCCAGAAUUGUCUUGGAUUCCCUUACAUGGGGCGAUCAAUCUAUUGGUAAGCCCAUAUUUCAUCAGUGUUUUAUGAAGUAUGGAUAUAUCGGGACACUGUUAAUAGAAAGAGUUUGAUAGCAAUCUUCCUAUUCUCAUCCGUGUACACAAAGUGGCUAUAUUCGUCGACGGCUUCUGGCCCAACACAAAGUAAUAACAUUUUAACCUUCAGUUUGUCCACCUUAUCAUCUUUACCUUUUGCAACAAGGUAGAUCUCAAAUUGCAUGGGCAAUUUCCGCCAGUUCGCAGCAGCAUUAGCGUCAAGUAUCGAGGGAUCGGGCAUCCUUGAAUCUUGCUAGGUCGUUAUGAACACUACGAGAUAGGACACAACAAGAAAAAUGAAUUGUUUGUCCCUUCAACCCACAGGUUCAAAUGUACAACUGUAAAGUAUCAUCCUACAUACAGUUGUGUAGGUCGCCGCUAAAGCUUUGAUCCGGUAGCAAAAGCUAGCAUUUCCCUCAAAGGCUAGCAUUACCAUAUACGUAAUCUCCUUUGAUGGUCGUACCAACGGACUAGAAAAAGAAAUAGUCAAUUUUUUAUCGCUCGUUCGCAAGCUGGAUUUGUUUCUCUGUCGCCUUUAUUUUAAAUCUUUAAUGGUCGUGCUUGAAAAUAGCCACGAGACUGCCAAAUUCCAAUUGGGGUUUUUAAUCCUGUUAGGCCAUAUUUGCAUUUAUCAGGUUUUCGAUCAGCCUGUAAGCUGGGUAGGGCAGCUGGGCAGGUACUUCCACUACAAACAAAGCAGUUACCAAAUUUUCUUCUUUUAAGUUGAUCUUAUGCACCACAAAUGACACACUGACGACGUCAAGCUAGGCAUGUUGACGUGGUCGGUGAGUCUGGAAGGCGAAUCGCACCCUACACACUAACAUAACAUUAAGCGCAAUAAGGUACCAAAAGACAUGAAGCGUCAUGUCGCUUUUGCCGUCGUCGGUUUGUAUUUAGUGCCCAAUUUGGGGUCUUGCGUACCACACGGUUAACGCAGAGGACUCCCCCGUCCAGGGUAGGUGUUUCGGCUAGGUAAAGACAAAGACCGGUUUUCCCAGUGUAUAGGCGAGGGGAAUUUUUGGUUUUUUCUUGCGAAAUCGUAAGUUUACUGCACUAGCUGACUGGUCCCUCUCUUUUUUUCUUCACAGAAUUAAUCACUGCUGAAACUUCAACUUCAGAGAGUACCACACCGCCGUCGACGCGAGAGGAAAAUGUUCCUUCACAAACUACAACAAAAGAAGUCUCCUUUGAACACAAGACAGGUUAUUGCAUUGAUAAUAAUAACAAUAACGAUAAUAAAUUAUAUUUAUCAUAAUAAUCAUAAUUAUUUAUAAAUGUUAUCAGUAUUCUCAUAUGAAAUGGCUCUGCACCUGAUAAUACAUGAGCACGACUGCGAGUUUUUUGAACGGCUUCAAAAUAUCUGAUACAGAUCAACUCUUUCCCGCUAUAAUAUUAGAUUUGGGGUUAUGUUGGUGUAAGAAACUGGACGUUAGCCGUUCCUUUAUCACAUAUAAAGACGAUCAUUAAACAUUAAUUUCUUUUGGUUUUUCAUGAACUAUUGAUGAGUUUUGAAUUUAAUUUAAAAAUUAAACGUACUUUGGGUCUAGUUGAUUGAAUAAUGAGGCUUAUAACGGUACUGUUACUUGUAACAUGUCAGUUAUGGCCCAAAAUUAUUAUUAAUACCAAUUUUAUGAUUAAGUAAAGCAAAAAUGUAAUAAUUUACCGUAGACAUUUCGCAUUAUUUAUAGCAUCAUGAGGGGCUAUCAAAUUCAGGCAUCUUAUCAAAACCCGGUAAUUGUCGACUCUUAUUCGUAUAAGUUGUGGGUAAAUUUUAUUCCUGGUUUGUGUUCCUUUUUCUUUCUUUCUGGAUAUUUUUAUGAAUGAUAAUCAGAUUUUGGCAGAGGAAAAUAACCAAGGAUAAAAUUUCUCCACGACAUCUAAAAAUGGUUUUUAUCUUCUAAAACAUUGUAGACUGGUUUAAUUUUUUAUUGCGGUUUUUGUUUUUAAUAGAGUUCACAUGUGAAAUUCGUAUAAACGAAGAGUGGGACGAUCGAUUGAAGGAUGAAACUGGCGAAAGAUUUAAGAGACUUUCGGCAUUACUUAAGGAAGAGGUCUGUUUCAAUUAUAUACAGCUGUAGAACUAACUCAAAAGCUGUCACAACAAUGAUGCGCGUGUGUGCGUGCGCAUUGUUAUGAAUUCCGUAAGACGUCAUUGAAAAAGAUCGAUUGGUGAUCAGCUGGCUUUAUUCACUGGCACUUGUCAGUGGGAACUUACCCUGGGUGCCAGAGACUUUUCUAGCGCGGUUUCCGGUUUCUGUCAAGUCUUUAUAGUGACCCGCGCGAAAAGCCUCUGGAGCAGAGCGCUAUUGCUUUGAUGGCGCCGAUCCAAUCGUUAACACGGUUAAAUCAGUUGGUCCAGAUUUUGGACAAGACGGCUGAUUGGCUACUAACGACCACCUGAGGGACUUUGAAUCUAACAGACGCUACAAUUGGUUGACAAGAAUAGACCAGCACGUGAAAGAAUAUUUCCAACUUUGCUGUUGACAUGACUUAAGUGUACUAGCGAGAAGUGUUGCUGUUGUGUUUUGUGUUGGCUUUGGAAAGUUUUGAAAGAGCCUGAUAAGCAAUCUACUAGAAGGACAAGUUAAAAGCUCUGAGCAAACAAGUGGAGUAUUUAAUUUUAUUCAACGCAAUUAAGCUUUUAUCACCAAUUCAGCUUUUGUAGCAAAUACGGUUUAAGCUUUACUAGUUUCCUAUUUCAAACGAUCGAUUACAACGUAAUUUGAAAUAGUUUGUGUUGAUGGGUUAGGAAUAUAAGAAUAAAACAUGUAUUUUUAGUAUAAAAGGGGGGUCAGAAGGCAACACACGACUUUUACCUCAUGUCAAAAUGCUGCUUGUUCCAAUGAAUUUUUUUCCGUGAUUGGUAGAUUAUGCUCUGGAGAAAAACGUUUUGACUAAGCAAAAUUGAUUUUUGCCGAUUAUUUCAUACUGAGAGGUCGUGACACGCAUAUUGAUUUUCUGCGGUUAUUGUGUCUGGUCGGCACAUGAUUUGCCUUCUGAUGCAAGAGCAUUUUCUUUGACCUCUUUUGAAAUGUUAAGGUCUUCUAAAUAAGGCUUUUAGGUUGUUUUAUUUCUCCAAAGUGCCUCCUGGAUCUGAAUAAAUAUAAGCGAUUUUCUUUUUGUCCGUGAAAGUGACGGUUUCCCCCAAUGUUUUGUCACGCUGGGCCCAGCUCGUUAGCGUUUUUAACAGGAUGUUUUUUAAAAAUUCUCACGGAUAGUGAUUUUCAGAUCCAAAUCUUGAAGAAUGGAUUGCAGCUUAAACUGAAGCUACAUCAACUAUGGAGAACUGUGAUGUGACCCAGUCAUGAUUGCUCUUAAAGCAAUGAAUUUUAAACUCGAAUUUGUUUUGCUAAGGAUAAUGUGGGUCUUUGGACACUUCUUCACGUGCCGGCCCACACGAUCACAGUUGGAGACUUUCAAUCUGAUUGGCGUAAAUGUAAUCCGAUAAAAAAGCACAAAGGUCAACGGGAACGGUAAAAAGCACCGCUCCGUGCCAGAGGUUUUUCUCGCGGCUUCGCCACUCGUGGCUUCGGCCUACGGCCGAAGAUUUGUCGGCCUUCGGCCAACACCGAAAAUUCCCGCCGCACGCGAGAAAAACCUCUGGUACCCAGGGUAGUGGGAACUUCCUGUAACAGGCUAUUGUUUUAGUUAAACUAUCUUCUGGCGUGGAAGCAACCUUUAAUUACACCUAUUUUUUUCCUUUGCAGAUUCUAGAGGUAUACUCUGGGAACUCUGAACUAAUAGACGUUGAAAUAGUUUCAUUGAGGUAAGGCUUUUUAUUUAAAAUAAUAAUAAUAAUAAUAAUAAUAAUAAUAAUAAUAAUAAUAAUACACCUUUCAACGCUGAGACCUUUUCUAUCAAGAUGGAAUGUUACAUGGAAGCGUUUUUUCCUAAUUGAAACCAUACAUAACGACCAUAAUGCUCGGAAUGGAAAUCAUCAGUAUUUUGAAAACAACUUUUCGAAGAACGUAACAAUAACAGCCACCGGUGCCACAAGGAUGCAUAUGGUUGAGAUAGACUAAUAAUUAUGACAGCUACUUCAUAUAACUAACUACGAUUAUACAACGUUUUUCAUUUUUCAAAACGCUCACUUUUAAAAAAGAAGAAGAAGAACAGGAAGAAGUGCAAUAAUAAGUAUACAACCCGGACAAGUGAAAUCUUGAUGGAUGUCUUUUGCAGGCCUGGUAGUAUUAUAGCAGAUUUCCGGCUGAAAUUUAACACAAGUGUUAGUGCCGAUGAAGCUUUGGCUCCCUUAAAGAAAGAAGCGGCUAAAGGGAAGCUUGGGAUAUUAGAGGUGGAACCAAAUUCUCUGAAGCUAAGAAACACUGAAAAAGGUUAGGUUUUAGUACCCCUUGAAUCCUAUGUAUUGAACAAACAAACAAACAAACCCCCUAGAGAACUUUAUUGAUCUUGCAUGGCUUACAUGUCAACCGUACCGAUGCUCUAUGGGCAAUAAAACAUGUCAAACUACGUUGCCAAGGAUUUUUGUCAGAAGUCGACGCCAGGGCAAACAAACGUCAACCCCUUCCACGAAAGCCAUAUGAAAUUUAAGAAAAGCUGACAUUAUCUGUCGAUAUCAACACUUAAUUGUUAUUUUGUCCUGUGUUGGAACGUUUGUGGAAAUUACCAAGUGAUAUGUGGCGAUGCAAAGCGAGAAAUUCUUUUUCUUGCCCCACACAUUUUUUGCACAUCAAAGAUUGCAGAAAACGUUGUCUAUUUAAUCUAGCUUGCUAGAGUUUCAGAAGUUAAAGACUAUCAAUUUAAUUUAUAGAUCUCUAAACUAGAAGAAUAAUAACGUUUCUGUUGGGAUGUUUGGUACUCCAACGGUUAAAGACAAUUUAAUCAUCGUAACACAUCCAAGAAGUUAAUGAAUGCUGAAUAUAGUCAACGGUGUCCUUGGAGAGGAACUGGAAACUCUCUUUUACUGUAAAUGCCGGAAAUGGGCGAAUUAAUCGUGGCGUCAUUGUUUACAUUUUUACUCAUUAGCAUACGAGUUAACCCAUAGAAAAUGUAGCCGCGUACAUACCAAUUAGGUUCAAAAAUACACCUUAUUCGUGAUGCCAACCUUCUUUGCACACGCUUAAGGACUGGUGCGGAUAAAAGCGAUGUCAUGUGGUUCCUAAGGGGACAAACAAGACAGUGAUAAUUUUUUUCCAAUACAACAAAUCGCGAUCGAGUUUGUUUAUUCCUGACAACAGAAAAUGAACAACUUUUUGUAUUAAAGACGACAAUGACAACUUAUGGGUGGAAGCGAUCAUUGUUACUUUUUUUAAUGCAAUGACGACCGUAGAUGUCCUCACAGCACGCAAUAAUAACGUUAACUUUGUCGAAACUCAAACAUUCCAUUUUGCAUGACUAUUAAAUCGUAGUUUCGUUUUGAGAGAAUAAACAAAGUCUACAGCGAUUUCUCCAUGGGCAAAUUUUGUCCUUCGUUGAACCCUGAAACACCACAGUUGAAGCAGCAGUCCACCGUAUUGUCGUACAAACACUACGAAGUUCUCACCCUUUUUUCAAGGGCCUAAGUUUUUUAAUUCCCUUGACAACGAGGUCAUCAACUCUCAAUCCCUUUCCUCUUUUAAGAAAAAACUGAAGAUUAAAUUAUUGAGUAAGUAUGAAAACAGUUCAUAAAUCUUUCCAUCUUCGACUUUUCGCCAUCUUUUCUUCAAUUGAGGUGAAACAGCUCUGGCCCGUAGUUCGAGGAGGCCUAACCUCUCAUAAGCUCCUAUAGUUUCUGUUAGGUCUCCUCGCCACUUCUUUUUUUCUUCUUUUCCUAUAUUUUUUGUAAUUAUUGUGUGGCAAAUAAAAAUAAAACAAAAUAAAAUAAAAAUUAGGAAUACUGCAUGCGUCGAGAGCAAUGGCGUCGGGGAAAAUAUCCCAGAGCACAAUCUUCUCUCCGCAAAAAAGUGUGGUAAAGCACCUAAGUCUGUUUGGAAAUCCCUGAUAACAAGUAUUUAAUUCGAGCUUGUUGCCUAAGGCCCCGUCCACACGAAGACGAUUGUGAACGCAAACGCUAGUAAACACAUAUUUUUAUCUCCGUCCACACGAAAACGAUCAUCGUUUACGUAGCUUUUUAACCCGUCUACACGAAAACGCUCGUAAACGCAUAAAACGAUGUCAUACACGUGUUGUGAUCGAGAGAGAAGAAAAAGGUCGAAGUCUGCUGGCAAGAAACCGAAAGAAAAAAGUGAUAAAACUUGUACGACCUGGUCUGGUCCAGAAUCUUCUCUCUUUGCUCUCACGUCUGCAUCUAAGUCGUUUUACUCGAGUAAAAGUGCUUGUAGUCGUGGAUAACAAUCUUGAGAGGUUUAGUCUUCUUCUUUUGUAGUUUUCCUGUAUAUCGAUUAUUGCAUGAUUCAAUUGAAUGCUCGCAAUUAUGCUUGAAAUAAGGGCAAGCAUGACACAGCUCAACACUCGUGUGUACGCCAUCUUGGAAACGCACUCGAUAAAAGAGACUGGCGCUGACAUCUGACGUCAGCGUUUUCACAGCGUUUACGAAAAUAUACGUUUACAGCCGUCCACACGAAGACUUUGGAGAGCGUUUUCGAAUUUAUGCGUUUACGGUGAGCGUUUUCAUCGUCUUCGUGUGGACGGAAGGCCUAAACGCAUAAAAAAGUUUGCGUUUACUAGCGUUUUCGUUUACAAUCGUCUUCGUGUGGACGGGGCCUAAGAACAGUCAAACAGCUCACAUCAUUGCUGUCAUUAUUAUUAUAAUGAUAUAGACGUUUAUCAGCUAAAUCAAGGAGCCCAAAAAGUGUGCCCCUUUUGAUUUAUUCACAUUCUUUCGUGCAGAUUUAAUCCAAUCAGAAGCCAGCUGGAAACUAUCCUCGACUUCUGAUUGGUUAAUGUGUACAUGAAAGAAUGUGAAUUAAUAAAAGGAGGCCGGUCUCACUUUUGGGCUCCUUGCGGAAAUAAUUAUAAUUAAAAUAAUAAUUAUUUUUUGAGAAAAAGAACACAAACAGCGGUGAUAAAAAAUAUUCAACUUACUAAUUUUUAUAAACUUGACGUUUUGUAUGCUACUCAACAUACAUUUUCAAAAGUACCGUUACAAUUUUGAAAACUAUAGUUGCCCCCGCAGGCAUUUCGCCUAGAAGGCGAAAUCCCGAGGAGGCACUCUAGUAACUCGCGCGUAUAUUGAAGAAAGUACUUACAGUUGAAAUAUAUAGUCAUACAGUCAAUAUAGAAAAAAAUCUCGAUUUGCUUGAACAGGGGCCGCGAGGAAUCGGUAGGUAAUGAUGACGUUUCUAUUGUUUGCGACCGCAAGUACAAAAUGGUUAGGAUGACGUAAAAUAGAAAAGGGACCGCUUAGGUAGAUUUUGUGACAUUAAUUGUGCAGUCAUACAAUCGAUUCCCGAUAACUCGAACCCUUGCUAACUCGAACCUCGCGCUAACUCGAACCAAAAUCGAUUUCCCUGGAUUUCCGUCUCACAUUUACUGUAAUUUCACCCGCGGUAACUCGAACUGUCGAUAACUCGAACUCCCGCUAACUCGAACCAAUUUCCGUUUCCCCUCAGGUCAUUUUCUAUAUAAUUUUACCCUCGAUAACUCGAACCUUAAAAAGUCGGGAAAAAAGCCGUCUACUGGCGUCCGAAACAUUGAAUUUUGGAUUUCUUAUUAACGUGUUGUAGUAGUAUGGUUUACUAAUGGAGGCUGAUGUUGAUUGUCACAGGCUAACGUGAAGCAGCUUUACUUCGCAAAACAGUAAAACACAUCCUCUAUUUAGGCUAUGUUUUGUUACGUUACGUUCUGAUUUAUAAUCUAGAAGUAUCUUUAAAUUUUGACUUGACAUUUCUACGAUUAAAUGUGAUUAAAAUGUUCACUGUGCAGUAAAAACUGUUUUUUACCUUACUCUCGGCUAUUUUCUUCGAGCUCCCGAUAACUCGAACUCCCGAUAACUCGAACUUUUUUGAUUUCCCUUGAAGGUUCGAGUUAUCGGGAGUCGACUGUACUUCGAUAAUCUUUUGCGUUACGUGUUAUCAGUGACAUUCUGUGGAGCAGUUGUUAUGAAAGUUAUGGACCAAAAGACACUCGUUAGGCGCAGAUGAAGUUAUAAGGUGCUAUAACAGUGUAUAUUUUAACACUAAGUGAGUUUGCCAGACACGAGUUCACAAAUCUUUGAUUGGAAACCUUGCUCGAUACUCUUUCUCUUUCUUUGACCAGAAUAAGACUCGGCCCCAAACAAGCAAGAAGAGUGAAUGAUUCAACGGCAAGCUUAUCACUAGCAGAACGAUGGACGAUUACAGAAAUUCGCCGACCAUCAAAUUCUGUGCUUACUCAUUCCCUGCUCACAGAUGUCCUUCCACUAUAAGAAUGCGCAAGCGUGAAUUGAUGAAACGUCCUUUUAAUUUCUAAGACUUACUUUCCGGCAAAUAAAAUGAACUAAAUGUAAAAAGUGAAAUAGAAAUAGCGAAAAAUUAAACUUUUAAUUAAAUCUUUUCUUUUGGUUUAGAAUAAACUAUUCCCGAAACUGAGAAUGUUUUCAUCAAAGCGUUUCCUGUAUUUAUCUCACCUAUUGUGUGGAAUAUGUGUGAACAUCUUCAUUAUGAAUCGGUAUAUUUCAAAGAGCUACACAACGAGCAAGAAUACUAUUGACCGACAAUACAGAGCGGGGGCAGCUGUAGUGUCAACUAGUACUAGUUAUAUAAUAGUGAAAAAGACUGGGACCGAGAUUAAGCACAAAACUUAACAGUCAAUCUAUAAAAAGAACCAACUAAUUAAUAAAGCACGCUACUGACGUUGACAUUGAAAGCUGGCUUCAGUUCCUGUUAAAGCAAUGUUCUUUGAUUUUACAGUGAUAAUCAGUUUUCCCCGAAGCUAAGAUAUCAAAAUGAUCCCACUUGAUGCUGUGUCCAGUGGUGUUGACAUAGUCAGCUAUAAAGCUAUAAAGUAUGACGUCAUUAAAAAUUUAAUUUGUGAAAUUACGGAAUUUGUCAGGAUAUUCUGAAAGAACAACAUCCAACGUUUAGACCCAAGUCAAUUUAGAAGGAUUUGUAUGGAGUCACAGGAGUAUAACUGGGCUAAUAUCUCAGACACAAUUUGCCCUGAAGUGCUACGUUUUGGCCAGUAGACGUCUUGGGCGUUGUUCUUUCAGAAUAUCUUGACAAAUCCCAUAAUUUCACAAAUUCAAUUUUUAUGAAGUCGUCACUUUAGAACCCUAUGGCUGAUGUGCGGUCCCAGUCCCUUUCACUAUUAUGUAAGUAAUAUUUUUUAAAUUCCUUUAACAGAAGAAAAACAAAAGGAAAAGGAGUCAUCCAGUGAGACCAAACUGCCAUUAAUUAUUGGUGUUUCUUGCGGUGUGUUUGUGGUCAUCGCAGUUUUCACAAUAUGUCUUGUUUACGUGUUCAAAUGGAAGCGAACUACCCAAUUUGGCAGCAACAACGGUGUUUGGAGUGACAUGCCUGCCGAUGAGUGCAACUCAAGAAGUGAGAAAUACGAACUGGAAGUCAAGUAUUCGAAGGACAAAGAACUAAUCUGGGUGGAAGAGAAAGGCAUUUGUAACGAAGGGAUGGAUUAA